AUGGGAUUCAGGUCGGGUGACCUUGAAUGCCAAUCCAUGGCAUUGGUGCCCGCGUUCCUCAGUCACGUGGCCAGUGACACGUGCAAAACCACUGUUGCCUCAAUUGUGCUCUGCACGUGCUAUGGAUCGGGUCACGUCCUCCUUGCCCAGUACACCUACUCGAUCACUCCGACUAACAGCAAACUGCGGUGCGCCUUCAAAUGCUCUCAAGAUGAAAACUGUCUGUCGUUCCAUUUUGUGAAAUCUUCUCUCAGCUGCCACCUCAACAUGCAGUCAUCCACAGAGAACUGUGUUACCAUGACAACCAACACAGACGCUAUUCACUUUGACAAGGUUAAACCUUCGAUUGUCUGUUUACACGGUGGACUGGACAUUAACGGAACCUGCAGGUGCGUGGACGGUUUUGUCGGGCCCACGUGUGGACGUCUCAUGACUGACUGUUCUGAAGGGUACACCUAUGGUUAUGUUGAUGACGGUGUUUACAAUAUUCAGCCUCCAUAUACCACUACGUCAUUUCCCGUAAGUUGUACUAUGGACUAUGGCGGCAGGACUAUUUUACAAUAUCGAUUCGACACGCAGCUUAAUUUCUACCGCAACUGGACCGAUUAUCGUGAUGGGUUUGGAUCGCUGGAUUCAGAUUUCUGGCUAGGUCUGGAGAAAAUCUAUCAGAUUGUGAGACAUCGUACUUUUGAAAUUAGUGGGUCCAGCAGUUCAAACGCUCUCGGCGAUUCGCUGUCCACACUCAAAGGAUCAAAGUUCAGCACCUGGGACGUCGACAACGACAACUGGUCGAACAGAAGCUGCGCACAACUGUACGAAAGUGGGUUUUGGUUCAAUAACUGCGCAGGUUGCAACCCUAACGGUCGACUGUUGCGACCUGCGGACGGGAAGAGGAAGAACGACGAGUCAGAUGUGUUCUGGACGUAUGACAUCGACGACAACGCCCCCUACAACAUCUACAUCUGGCUUCUGGCGGUGUGA